AUAUGGUCUUAAAAUCAAGACGUAUUGUAAUUGACAUUGCGAAAGACAUCUUAGACACUAUGAGCGACACCGACUUAAAACUGCAAGCCACAGGUUGAAGGGCCAAUCCUGCGACGCAUGUUUAUACAGUGUAGUCAUGUAUGCAUUUUAUGAACCAGCGCCGAGAAUGGACCGUUCGACCGUUCGGCUUAACAUUGUCGGGAUUGUGAUUCGAUUUGGGAACAAGUUGGGCCAGGGACGAGCUGGGUUUCUCCAGCUUCUCCGCGGAGAUGUCAACUUCUGAAAAAAAGUUCGUCCGCCACAUCAUGCAUACCCACACUCCGACCUCCUACAGCAAUUGGUGGCUCAGUCGCAUAUAAAUACACCCGUGGAAUCGCGCAUCGCCGUGUUUUCUUUCGUGCAUUGUCUCAGAUCCAAUCUCUUCCAUCAAUAAGCGUCUUCAAACACAUACCCCAGACAUACUUACAUCAUGGGCCUCACGCAAGAGCAGAUUGCCAUCAUCAAGGCCACUGUGCCUGUUCUGAAGAUCCAUGGCAAGACCAUCACGACCGUCUUCUACAAGAACAUGCUGACCGCACACCCGGAGCUCAACAACGUCUUCAACACGGCCAACCAGGUCAAUGGCCACCAGCCCGCCGCUCUCGCCGGCGCGCUCUUCGCCUAUGCCUCCAACAUUGACAACCUGGGUGCGCUGAGCCCCGCUGUCGAGCUGAUUUGCCACAAGCAUGCCUCUCUCUACAUCCGCCCGGAACACUACAAGAUCGUCGGCAAGUUCCUUCUCGAAGCCAUGGGCGAAGUCCUCGGCGAUGCCCUGACGCCGGAGAUCCUCGAUGCUUGGGGUGCCGCCUACUGGCAGCUGGCCGAUAUCAUGAUCAACCGCGAAGCGGACCUUUACAAGGAGGCAGAUGGCUGGACCGACUUCCGCGACUUCCGCAUCGCCAAGAAGGUGCCUGAGUCGUCCGAAAUCACUUCCUUCUACCUGGAGCCUGUCGAUGGCAAGCCUCUUCCCGCCUUCCGCCCCGGACAAUACAUCUCCGUCGAAGUCUUCGUGGACGAGCUCAAGUACGCCCAGAGCCGCCAGUACUCGCUCAGCGACAAGCCCGUGCCCGAGUACUACCGCAUUAGCGUCAAGAAAGAGGCCGGCCUUGCACCCACCGACCCCGCGGCCCAGCGCCACCCGGGCUACGUCUCCAACAUCCUGCACGACCUGAAGAAGGAGGGCGACGUUGUGCGCGUCUCGCACCCCUUCGGUGAUUUCUUCCUGUCGGACGAGGAGAAGCAGAGCAGCAGCCCGAUCGUGCUUCUGGCUGCCGGAGUCGGGCUGACCCCGCUCACCUCCAUCCUCAACACGCUCCUGGACGGCCCCGAGGCCCAGACCCAGCGCAAGAUCACCUACGUGCACGGCGCGCGCACCUCGGCAGCGCGCGCCUUCCGCCCGCAGAUCAAGGAGCUGGCGGCCAAGGUGCCCAACCUGCACGCGCUGUUCUUCACCAGCCUUCCGAGCGCAGAGGAGAAGCAGGGCGAGGACUACGACAUUGCGGGUCGCUUGGACGUGGACCAGCUGGACAAGCAGAAGGAUUUGUAUUUGGAUGAUGCGACCGCCCGGUACUACAUCUGCGGGCCCAGUGCGUUCAUGCUGGACGUGAAGCGGAAGCUGGCGGCGGCAGGUGUUGCGGAGGAUCGCAUCAAGAUGGAGCUGUUCGGCACUGGUGGUAUUCCUGCUUGAGUUUUGUAUAGAUCUUCUAGAUCAUUCGCUCCGGGGUUACGGAUUACGAUCGCAUUUUGUAUUUUUUUGUUUGUUAGAUAGCAUAUUAGCCUAGAUACUCCUCUCAGAUUCAUUCAAUUAGAAAUAUACUUAUAUUCUAAGC